CAGAAACACGUCUUCUUGCUCCGGGGAGGCCCCACCCUACCUGCUCCCUCCACCUCUUCCCUCCUUCACGAGGGUGAGGCAGGGGCCCUAGGACUGGGGAGGAGGUGGCAGCGGCUGGUGGGUAGAAGGAACCUCUGGGCGGCCCCAGCUUCCCUCAGGAGGAGGCCAGCUCUCUGGGGAGACCGCUGUUACGGGAGGAGAAAGGCUGGAUUGAUGACCCCCUUUGUUACUUUGGUGGCCUUCUGGACGGUGGGCUGGCCCUAAGCCCCCUGCCCAGUCCCCCUCCCCCAUGCUAUGAGGAUGGACAGGGAGGCUGUGGGUGAGUAGGCUUGGCAAACUGGGAAGCGCCUGCAAACAGAAGGCCAGGACUGGGACAUGCCUGGGGAUCCGAUCGGCCGUCGGCCCCCUUACUCCUUGCUCUUCGGAGGGCCAUCACGGCUGCCCCAACCCCUCCCUUCCUGUCCACAGAGGCCUCUGCUCCCCACCCCCUCUUCCCAGCAGAAGGGCUGGAGCCAGACUCCGAGAUAAGGGGCUUGUUUUCCAAGGGCCCGGAAUUCAGUACAGAUUGCGGGUCAGGGACAGAGGGGCACUGGGGUGGGGGAAGGCACAAUGAGCCUUUGCUUUAGAUGGGGGCCUUGGGGCCGCAGAUCCUACAGGGAUCUUGUGAUUUGUGCCCUUUCAAGAGGCCCUCGCUAGGCAUGGGGGGAGAGGUGGAGAGCUCCAGCGAAGAUGCCCGAACCCUGCGAGCUCCGUCUCCAGCCCUGCUCUCUCCUCCGCCCGGCUGGCCUUCUCCGGAGACCUCCAGUGCCCCACCUCCCUCCUACCUGGAGUUUUUGCCUUAUGUUCCUCCUUCGUCUGAUUAGUGACCUGCUCUGUCUUCACAGCUCAGCCCAAUUCCUGCUUCUUUCAGGAAGCAUACACUGAUGCCGCAACCAGGCCCCUGGCAGUGUCUCCCGGGGCUGACAUCCACCCCCUUCCCAGUGCUCCUGUCUUGGGCAGUGUCCUGUCCCCACCCAGGGGACCUAGGCUCCGACAAUAGUCUGCUCUUGUCUGCCUUUAUCCGUAGACCCAACUGGGAGCAGGCACAUGGCAGACCUCUGAUGAAGACGGGAGUGCCCUUUUCGAUGAGGGCCGCCCUGGCCAGAGCUGUGGGCACCUCUUCUGGGGAACUUGGGCCCCUCUGGGACCAACAUCCUCCCAUUGGGGGGGGGGGGGCAGCGACAUCUGUGGCCUUACUGCAGGGAGGGGAGCAGCCGAGUGAGGCUGGGCGCCCAGAGGGAGGCUUGUCCUCCCUGUGUGAGGGAAGGUCCCCCGGCAGAAGGUCCAGUCUGGGCUGGUCACCGUCCUCCCCGUGGCAGCAACACCAAGCCCCAGGGCUCUGGGCUGGGACCAGUAAGGAUGGUCCUCGCAGCAGCAGCAGAACGCUCAUACGGAGGCUCACGCACAGCCAGGGACCGGGGUCAGCACUGAGGACAGUGAGCCAUGGAAUCCUCAAAACAAGGAGACGGAGGCACGGAGCGGAGAAAAGCCUCGUCCAAAGCCCGGCGAGGGAGGACUUGAGUCAGUCCGUGCCCUUCACUCCUCAACCCGGCUGUGCACCUCGGCGGGAGGCAGCCCCCUCUCAAGGGCAGGGGUAUGCACGAGGGGGCUCUCUUGCACCCCUCUCACGCCGCCUCCCUCGUACCCCAUGAAGUCCGACGCCCAGACCUAUUGCGCCACCUCGGCACCCCUCUGCCCGGCACCUAGUAGGUACUCAACAAAUCUGUACUGAAACAAAGUCGGUGGCGGGACGCUCUUUCCAGGGGCGAUGUCACAGUGGAGCCAGCCGGCCCGGCCGCUUCCUUGCCAAGCGGCCGCAGGCGUUAGCUUCUGCGCGGCUCGGUUUUCCCAUCUGUGAAACGGGGAUGCUACUGCGAUCUGCCUGCUAGACCUGCCGGGAGGCGUAACUGCACUAACGUUUGUAGGGUGUCCGAGACAGCGCCUGGCACACGGCAGGAGUCACGCGGGCGUGCGCUCUGGGACGCUCGUCGGCCUCGGUUUCUUCUUGGGUAAGCAGUGCCCUCGCUCUGCCACAUGCGCCCCCCGCGCGGAGCCCUCCGCCGGGAAGCGCGAACUACAACUCCCAGCAUGCCUCGGGGCCCGCCUGCCCGAGCCCGCACGGCGCCGCCUGGACGAAGACCGAACUACAACUCCCAGCACGCCCCGGGCACACCCGCGGGCCCAGGUCAGCCGCUGCGGUCGAAGACCGUGAAGCCCCGCCGCGCCAACCCCUUCGCUCCCGGUCGCCCUCGCUGGGAAGGGUCCGGGUGGAGGUCGGGAGCUGCCCCCGCCAUGCUCCGCGGACUGGCCCGGGCCGCUGCCGGGCGACCCGGGGCCCUCUGCACGCGGGGGUCUGGGAGCGGGACGGAGGUCCCGGCGCACGUGGUGGACCUGCGCAGCGACACGGUGACCAGACCCGGGCCGGCCAUGAGGCGCGCCAUGGCCGAGGCGGUCGUGGGGGACGACGACUGCGGCGAGGACCCCACCGUCCGUGAGCUGCAGGAAAAGGCCGCCAAGCUGCUGGGGGUGGACCAGACCUUGUUUGUGCCCACCAACACCACGGCCAACCUCAUCUCUGUGAUGUGUCACUGCCAGCGCAGGGGUUCCCAGCUCCUCCUCGGGCAGGAGUGCCACCUCCACGUCUUCGAGCAGGGCGGGGUGGCUCAGAUCGCGGGGGUGCACUCCCACCCCCUCCCAGACCUGCCCCGCGGCACCCUGGACCUGGCUGAGCUGGAGAGGAUGGUCACAAGGGGCCUGGGGAGCCCCUACCACCCGGUCUGUGAGCUCAUUUGCCUGGAGAACACCCACAGCAGCUCCGGGGGCCGCGUCCUCCCCGGAGACUACCUGCGCCAGGUGCAGCUCCUGGCCCGGAGCCACAGGGUCCGCGUCCGCCUGGAUGGGGCCCGGCUGAUGAACACCGCGGUGGCUCUGCAUGUGCCCCCCGCCCGCAUCGUGGAGCACUGUGACUCCGUGUCUCUCUGUUUCUCCAAGGGCCUGGGUGCACCGGUCGGGGCCUUGGUUGGGGGCCCAAACUUCAUUGAAGAAGCCUGGCGCCUCCGGAAAGCGCUGGGCGGAGGGAUGCGCCAGGCCGGGGUGCUGGCUGCUGCCGCCCUAGUAGGACUGGCGGACUUCGAGGAGGUGCUGCAGAGGGACCGCCAGAACGCCCAGAGAUUCGCCAAAGAACGCGUAGGGCAGCCACUGAGCCAUGAGGCGUGGGCCCGGGACAGAAGAAUGCUUUACCAGGCCGCAGCGGUGGAGGGUCUGGACCAAGAAGCCCUCAAGGGAGAUGAGGAUCCUGAGGCCCAGAGGUUAACUGAUUUGCCCCAGGUCACACAGCUGGAAAGUAGCAGAGCCAAGUCUGUGCGGCUCCAAGGGUCCCUGUUUUCUCUGAGGCGGCUGGGCGGCCCUGUGCCCUUGCUGGGAUGACAGGGCCGGACCUCAGGGCUGAGGUCCUGGGGUCAGGCUCCACUCACCAGAGGCCCCGGUCCCAGGGCUCCAGGAGCUGGUGUCCCCCAUCUGCUCCGUGGACCUCGCCGCCGUGGAGACGAACAUGGGGACGGUGAAGGCGGACGGGCUGCGGCCCGAGGAGCUCUG